CUUUUAAUCUUCUCUUGAAUCUCUCUACGUCAACUAUCUACAAUAAAUUAAGAAAAAGUGUCCAGUAAACAUUGGGACCCAUUUUGAAUACUCAACUAAUGCUAUUAUAAGAAGGCAUCACUGUGACAAUGAAAAAGGCAGAGGUGCAGAUGACCCUGAAGAAGGGAGCAGAUGAGCGGGUGCGCAACGUCCCGAGCCCCAUCUUCCUGCCAAAGCGGGCCAAAGCCAAUCCUAUCCUCGAUCAGACGGUCCCAGACUCGGGGGCCUCUGCGUUUCCCACCCAGACCCCUCCUGUGUUUGUACGCAAAAUGAGGAACGCCGCUGUGGGUACUGGCUGCGACAUCCGCCUGAAAGUGGCGGUGGCAGGAGACCCGCAGCCCUCGCUCUACUGGUACCACAAUGACGACCUGCUGAAUAUGGAUAAUCAGGAAUACGGGGGCCUCUGGAUCAGGGACUGCAAGCCCAGUGAUGCCGGCCUUUACACCUGCAUUGCCAACAACCAUCUUGGGGAGGUGCGGAGUAGCGCCGUGCUCGCCGUCCUGGACCUGGGGGAAGACUCAGAGACCACAGAAGACGAAGGUGGAGACCCCAUUGAGACAAAAGAAGGAAGCAGAGGUCUUCAGGACCAGGCUAUGCAUGCAGGGGACAGAAUGAUGGACAGCUGGGGCGAAGAACUUCAAACCACCUCCAAGCCCACCAGGAGCCAAUCAGAAGAGUUUUUGAGGGAAUCUCCCCAACAAGUCUUCCCACCCGCCUCACCAAAAAUUAUCAAACGCCCAUCCACUUCUCCAAUGCCAAGCCGCUCAGGUUCAGCACCAAACACACCCCUCACCCCCAGAAAGAAAGUUUUUGUGCCAACAGACUACCAAGACACUGUCCCUGGUGAAUUUGAGGAGAAGGUGAAACAUCCAAAAUCAUCAGGCAUGUCUCUAAGCAGUACUCAGGACUCCCGUCCUCAGACGCCAGUCAGUGUCAGUGAGUACUCUCGCAAGGAAUACCAAACUAGACCAUCCCCCAAACUGACCAGAGCAAGCUCCAAGAUCUUUGAGAAGGUGCGUGGUUUCGAAGAGCGAAGGCGAAGUUAUGAUCAUGAAGGCUCCAUCUCGGGACGGUCCUGGGCCGGGUUCAAUCGUGCCGGGUCCGUCGACUCGGACGAUGGAGGGAGCCGGUUGGGCAUCUCCAGAGAGAGUUCGAGGGAAGACCUACGAGAGGCUCUGAAGGAGGACGCUGCCGAACGGAGGUCUAUGUUCAGACAGAGGGCUGCGUCCUUGGAGGACUGCAGGCCCCGUACCACCCAGAAGGUCCAGGAAAUCGAGAACAAGUUCACUGAAGAGCUUCAACGAAUCAAGAAGCUUGUGGGUAAACCUCACAUGAAGAAGUCCUUCUCCACCGAGCAGCUCUCGCUCAGGGCUAGUGGCAGGCAGCCUUUGAGGAAGAUUGAGCCCCUCCCACCUCAAAUUCUCCAGAAGCUCCAGGAACGGGAACGGGCCCAGCACGAGAAGCAGCAGAAAGAGAUGGAACAGCCCAAAGAAGUAGUGCCACCAAAAUCACCACGACUACAGCUACAAGAACAAGCACGGCAGGGGCAGCCUUCGCCCCAAACCCAAGAGAUUGACCGACACUCCAUGAGUAGCAUAACAUACAGUAGAUUGGGAGAAGUACCUGCCACUCCAGAAUCUAUGCAACUGGCUGACUUACCGGGACAGAGGCCAACAAGACAGGUAAAUCAAGCCAGUCUUGUCAGGGAGAUCCUUCAGAGGUCUCCAUCACCAGCAAAGAUGCAGAUGCAGAGGGCUUACAAUCCAUCGGCAAAUCACCAACAGCAGGCAGAGUCACCAAGCAAAAAUGUUGUCGAGAUGACGCUACACAAAGUUGAACGCAGGCCAGAAAGCCCUCUUGUUCAGAGGAUAUAUGGUAUUCAAGAAUCACAGGACAACCAAGAAUCUCCUGUGCAAAAGUCCCCAAAGGAAGAAUCGCCAGGAACAAAAAUACCUGUAGAUGUAGCAUUAAGAAAAGUAGAGGAUAGACCAGAAAGUCCAUUGGUACAGAGAACGCCAACCGUUGUACAAGAGCGUAUAAUCCAGCAUCUGCAAAAACCUCCACGGCAGGCUACGUCUUCAACAAAUGUUCCAGUUUCCUCAGAGGAGAAAAUGGAAGUGGAGUUGAUCAAGCCAGCCCCCAAGCUAAUCAUACCUACCAUCAUUGUUGAGGAAGAGCCCAUGGAAGAUGAAGUUCCUCUUGAGACUGACAAGUCUAAGAAGGCAACCAAUUCGAAAGAAGGUCAAACACAGAAGACCAGGGGGAAGGGUCGCCGCAGUAGUCCCAUGUCUCCAGAGUUAGAUUCUUCCGACGACUCUUAUGUGUCUGCUGAAGAGGACCCCUUGGAGGCCCCUAUGUUUGAGUUUCCUCUUAAGGACACUGUGGUAACUGCUGGUACUGAGGUCCUGCUGAGAGUCAUCAUUGCUGGCAUGCCUCCCCCAGAAGUUACCUGGAGGAGAGACAAUAUCAAAAUCCAAAACAGCUUAAACUAUGGGAUCAAAGUGGAGGGAGAGCGUUAUUCACUUUUCAUCAAAUGUGCAAAAACAAGUGAUGCUGGAACGUACUGUGUGACAGCUGCCAAUGAGGCUGGGAAAACAUCAAGCAGUGCCACACUUUCAAUCAAACCAGAGCCUAUGCAGGAGCUGCAGGGGACCAUUUGUGUUCCUAGGGACAUCAGCAGCCCUAUCACAUCUGAUGAAGAGUACCUCAGCCCACUGGAGGAAGGCAUGGACUUUGGAAGCCCAGAGCCCAGGAAGAUAAUUGACACUCGAUUCAAGGAGCCUCCUACCUUCCAGGUAACUAUGAAUGAUCAAGAGGUCAUUGAAGGUCAACAGGUCACCAUGUCUGUCCGAAUAAGUGGGCAGCCCAAACCCAUGCUUUAUUGGCUGAGGGACAGGAUGACGAUAAAAACAGACUUGCGCCACACUGUGCGUGAGACUGAGGACGGCACUUUUGAAAUGACCAUCAACUCACCCCAGAAGUUGGACACAGGAGUGUACACCUGCAAGAUCAUCAACGAGUAUGGAACAAAGCAAUGUGAAUGCAAAUUGGAAGUGAAAGUGCCCCCGGUGGAGCCAGGCCUCGCCAUCAUCCGUCCAGUGAAGGACAUUACGGCGGAUGCCGGCGAGACAGUCAUGUUUGAGUGCCACGUAAUUGGACCACUGGACACGGACGUCGAUUGGCUAGCAGAUGGGAAGCUGAUCCAGCCGGCUCUGCUCAACUGCAAAAUGCAUUUUGAUGGGAAGAGGUGCAGGCUGCUCCUCAACUCAGUGCAUGAGGAUGACAGCGGCAUGUAUACGUGCAAACUGACCUCGGCCAAAGAGGAACUGACCUCGAGUGGCCAACUCAAAGUCAUUCCUUCCAUCGAGCCCCUAUUCACCCGUAAACUGGACGUCUUAGAGGUGAUCGAGGGCCGUAACGCCCGCUUUGACUGCAAGGUCAGCGGAACACCACCUCCCAGAGUCAGCUGGGGACAUUUCGACCAUACACUGGUAGAGAGCGAUGAUGUGCGCAUCUUACAAGAGGGAGGUCGUCACUCCCUCAUCAUCUCUCAUGUCACCAAUGAGGACGAGGGCUUUUACACGGUCAUCGCUCGCAAUCCACAUGGCGACGCCGAGAGCUCCGCUGAGCUCUAUGUCCAGGAGCCCAGACCUGCUAUCUCAUCUCAAAUGGCAAAGCUAGAGAAGAUGCCAUCCAUCCCAGAGGAGCCCGAGGUGCCGGACAACGAGGUUGAGCGCUUCACCAUGCCUGACUUUGUCAAGCCCCUGUAUGACCUGGACGUGAUUGAGGGCAAAGAGACCGUGCUCAAGUGUAAGGUGGCUGGACUGCCGUACCCCACCAUUGUGUGGUUCCACAACGGCAAGAAAAUCGACAGCACGGAGGAUAGGAAAAUGACACAGUUCAGAGACAUCCACAGCUUGGUCAUCCAUUCUGUCUGCCACGCCCACGGAGGGGUAUACAAGAGCGUAAUCUCCAACAAGGUGGGCAAGGCCACCUGUUACGCCCAUCUCUAUGUGACUGACGUUCUUCCAGACCCUCCAGAUGGGCCCCCAGUAAUAGAGGCUGUUACUGGCAAGACGAUAACCCUGUGCUGGAAGAAACCCCGGAGGCUGGACCCCUCUAUUGAUCCCAACACGUUGAUGUAUGCCAUCCAACAACAAGUGCUGGGCUCAAUCCAGUGGACCAUCAUAGCAUCCAGUUUGAAAGAGCAUUGCUACACAGUGACCUCCUGCUCCAAAGGAGUCCGCUACACCUUCAGGGUCUUGUCAAUCACCACCAAGGCCUUUAGCAAACCCUCUCCGUCCACAGACCCAGUGCAACUUGUCGACAGAGGUCCAUAUCUUCAGGAGGCUCCAGUAAUAAUUGAUAAGCCAGACAUGGUGUAUGUGCAGGAGAACCAGUCAGUCAGCAUCACUAUCACUCUGAACCACAUCAACGCUGCAGUAAUCUGGAAAAGGAGGGGACUGGUCCUUGCCACCAAAGAUGGGCUGUAUGAGAUGAGUAUGCCCGAUGACGACCAGCACUCUUUGAAGAUCCUGAGGGUGAAGAGUGGCGACUUGGGUCAGCUGAUGUGUGUGGCCUCCAACAAGUUUGGCAGCGACUCCUGCAUCUUUAGUGUGGAAAUGGCAGCACCGCCAACCUUUGAGACAAUCAUGGAGGAUGUGGAUGUGCACAUGGGAGAUACGCCUCGUCUGGCUGUGGUUGUGGAGGGCAAGCCCAUUCCCGACAUCAUGUGGUUUAAGGAUGAUAUAUUGCUGUGUGAGAGUAGUCACAUCACCUUUGUGUAUGACGACAACGAAUGCUCCCUCGUGGUGCUCAACACAAGUCCGGAAGAUUCAGGAGUGUAUACCUGCACAGCCAAGAACCUGGCUGGCUCUGUGUCCUGUAAGGCUGAGCUCACCGUGCACACAGUUAGAGAAGACAAGGGGGAUUCAAUGGAGGAUGAGGAGACCAUUCUCAGGAAGAUGCGCCGGCUGACUGACUACUAUGACAUCCACAAGGAAAUCGGGAGAGGAGCUUUCUCCUAUGCAAAACGAGUGACGCAGAAAGUGGGGAAAAUAGAGUAUGCUGCCAAGUUCAUAUCUGCCCGAGCCAAGAGGAAGGCCUCUGCACUUAGAGAGAUGAAUCUGCUGUCUGGACUGGACCACGAGAGAGUCCUGUAUUUCCAUGAUGCCUUUGAGAAGAAGAAUGUAGUCAUCAUUGUCACAGAGAUAUGCAACGAGGAACUUCUGGAGAGGUUUACAAAGAAAUCUACAGUGAUGGAGUCAGAUAUCCGCUCCUGUAUGAGACAGCUGUUGGAGGGUGUGGACUACCUUCACCAUCAAAAUAUCGUCCAUCUGGAUAUCAAGCCUGAUAACAUACUCAUGGCAGACCACCAUGGUGAUCAGAUCCGCAUCUGUGAUUUCGGCAAUGCCAUAGAGCUCACACCCGACGAGGCUCAAUACUGCAAAUACGGCACACCUGAAUUUGUCGCUCCAGAAAUUGUCAACCAAACUCCGGUAUCCAAGGCAACUGACAUCUGGCCGAUUGGAGUCAUCACAUAUCUGUGCUUGACUGGAGUAUCUCCGUUUGCUGGAGAAAAUGACCGCAGCUCCGUGCUCAACAUCAGGAACUACAAUGUGGCUUUUGAGGAGAGUAUGUUCGCUGAACUGUGCCGUGAAGCCAAGGGAUUCAUCAUCAAACUGCUGGUGGCAGACAGACUUAGGCCUGAUACACAGGAGUGUCUCCGUCAUCCAUGGUUCAAGACCCUUACCAAGGGGAAGGCCAUAAGCACAGAGGCCCUCAAGAAAUUUGUGUCUCGCCGAAAGUGGCAGCGGUCCCUUAUCAGCUACAAAUCCAAAAUGGUAAUGAGGUCCAUCCCUGAGUUGCUGAACGACUCAUCCAGCCACAUCUCCAUCGCUGUUCCCCGACACCUCAAAGAGGGCUCACCCCCACCAUCAUCGUCCUCUGACUCUGAUGAAGAUAUUGACGAGCUGCCCUUCAUUCCAAUGCCACUCACCAUGGAGUUCUCCGGAUCAAGAAUGUCUCUGAAUGAGAUCCCGGAUGAUCAGGAAGGCACAGGCAGGCCAAACGGCCCCAUUGACAGACCAGGAUCAGCAGUUGCUCAUGGCCAACAGAAGAUGGUGAGUGAAACCCCUGGGAGAGAGAAAGAGGCUGGAGAUUCCGCAGGUAAAACCAGGAAAAGGUCAACGCUAGAAAAUGACAAGGGGUCUUCGGACGAGGAGGCUCCCGCAGAGUUGGUGCAAGUAUCUGAGAAGGCAAGAAGGCCCUUGUGCAGAGGCUUGAGCUUAGAGUCAGAUAAGCCAGAGGGAGGAACCAGAAGGGGGCCCCUGCGUAGAGGGGGCUCUGCCGACAGUGCACUGCUACUCCACCUCGUACCAGAAGAGGGCGCAGAAGAGGAAACUCCGGAAAAGGGCCGGAGAGUCCUCAAAAAGACAGUAUCCAUGGAGCUGCCUAGGAGGAGCACAAGCCCAGGGCCUCUGAGUCAGGAGGACUAUGCUCUCAAACUGGAGCUGAUGCGGCAGAGGCUACUUCGAGGCGGCUCUGUAGACAAGAAGAUGAGCGGCCUGCGAGGACCACUGCUGGAGACGCUGGGCAUGGACGAUGGAAAGCAGCGGUUGUCACUGGAACGCUACUCACACGCCCCCCGCUUAGGGGUUCCCCCAUUAACCAGGGCAGCUUCCAGCGACCAGCCUGGAGAAGACGAGCCCAAACCCAAAUUGCUUCGCAAGAGCGCCUCCUUCAGUCAAGGAGAUGCAGAGCCCAUUCCUCUGCACAGACGGUCUGGGGAGCCACUGGAGAUCCCGCAGAUAGAGGAGCGAAGACUCAAGGAGGCCAUAUCCAUGUCUGCUCUCACUGAGCCAUUCAAGAAUGACUCACGCCCUGUGACUCCCAGGGAACCUUCCCCUAAACUUCCCAUACCAAUUCCAGAGCCUGGGGAACAGGAGACAACAACCAAGAUGGAGGACAAAGAGAUUAAGACUGUGGAAUCCAUUGGCAAAAAAAUGGAUGGCGUGUCCACAGACAGUAAUGCAGACCAGAGAUCGAACACAGACGGUUUGUCAAAGAAGAACAUGAGCAUGUCAGAAGAAACAAUGAUUGAACCAGAGUAUGUGGAUCUGAGGAAGCCUAUCCCUACUUGGAGGGAGCCUAGCCCUCAUGUGAGGGUUCUUACAUUAGAGGAACCAAUGGAAGAAGAGAAAGAAGAGAUUGAGGAAAAAGAGACUGUUCCUGUAGAUGAUCCGAAGGCUAGAGAAGUUGAAGAAAUACACAAAGAAGUACAAAAAGAAGUCAAAGAAGAAGAAGUGAAGGCACCAGUAAAAUCUUCUGAGAUGGUCAUUACUACAAGCUCCAUAAGGGUCACGCCAGCACCAGCAUUUUCAAGGGCACCAGAUAAUGUUGUGACUCCUUUUCCACCUACGUACGUGGCUCCCUCUCCACCUGCCCUUACUGUACUCCCAGACGGUAGGACCUCUGCGUACGCUAGCAUAAUGCAAACCAUCAUGGUCCCCUCGCUUCAGCCCCUAGUUAGCCCCCCAUUAGCAGACUCCACCCCUGUAGUUGUUCCAGUCCUUGCACAAGCCCCAUUUCCAGCACCAACAUUAAUACCCACAUCUACAACUGUCCCUGACCCAUCAAAGCCAGUAACUCUGUUAUCUACACCAGGGGAACACCCUGCUGUCUUUUCAAGGGUGGCAUCCCCCGAGCCCAAGGAAAUGAGUCCACCCAAGGUUUCCCCAUGCCCCACGCCCCAACAUGAGCUCUCGCCAGGGGGACUAAACCUCCAGGACAUUGCCUCAGAGGAAAUAUUCAAGGCACGCUUCAAAAAGCGUGACUCUUCCGUCAUUCGAGGUCUGAAGCUUCUCAACUGGUCAAAGCCUGAGGAGAAACAAGUAGCCUCUUUGGACUCUGCCGAGUCAGGCGAAGAUGUAUACCGCCCUGGGCCCGUUGGAGCACCGCUUGAGUUUGUCCCCAGGAGGCUGGAGGAGAAGUCCAAGUCGGUGCAGGAUCUCCGCGAGGCCCAGAAGGAUCAAGGUUUUAUGAGAAGGCUCUCCAUGCGCCUCAAGAGGACUCCGUCAGCCGAGCGCAAGGUAGAAAAGCCAAAUGAGGAAGAAUCGGUGGCUCCCAGGCGCCGGCUCUCCUGGGCUCUCCCCGGCCGAAGAGGAUCCCAUUCCCAGGAGAGAAAGGAAGUGGAGAUGAUGAGGAUGGAUGGGGGAAUGGAAGCCGAGGUGGAACAGGAGGUCAAGGAGCCAAAGAAGCCAAACGAGUCGCCAGUCAUGGCCAUGCGCAGGAAGAUCGAGUCGACGGUGUCCGGAAUAUCCAUGAGGAUCCGCAGUGCCUCGGAGGAGAGGAAGGUAGCGGCAGAGGAGAGGGAAGCCAACAAACCAGAGAGCAAGAAGACACCCCUGUUCUCUAUUCUGCGCAGGUCGACUUCCGAGGGACGUAGUCUAAAGAAUAUGGCUGGACCCAGUGUCCCUCAGAACCAGUUGGGUUCUCAGUCGGGCACCGGAGCUUCCUCAGAUUCCCUGGAGUCCAUGUCCAGCGUCAAGUUGGAGACAGCAUCAAAGGGGGCAGAGGGGGAACGUAGGUCCCGAUGGGACCGUUGGGGCCUAACCAGAGGCAGCAAGAGAGACAAGACGGUCUCGCAGCCUGAUAUCCCAACGGCUAUUGCCAGAGAAAAUGGCUCCCUACGCUCUCGCUCCUACUCCAGACUGGCAUCUGACUUCCCUCCUGUGUUCCACAUCAAGCUGAGGGACCACGUCCUGCUAGAGGGAGAUCCCAUCACCCUUAGCUGCCUCCCUGCUGGCAGCCCCCACCCACACAUCUCCUGGAUGAAAGAUAAGAAGCCUCUGCAGAUUGAUGCCAGAAUGAACAUGAUCUCCUGUCCGGAUGGCAGGCAGCUGCUGAUGAUCAUGACAACCACCAAGAAGGAUGCAGGGCUAUACGAGUGUGUGGCUACCAACCCUCUGGCUUCGGUCUCCAGCUCCUGUACUCUCUCCCUUGCUCGGCUGCCCAAUCAUCCUGGGACUCCUGAGGUUCCCCAGCGCUAUAAGAACACUGCCCUGGUCCUCUGGAGGCCAUCAGACACUACAGCCCCUUGCACCUACUCUCUGGAGAGAAAAGCAGAGGGUGAGAGUAACUGGCUCAUCAUGGCCACAGGAGUGGCUGACUGUUACUACAAUGUGGUAGACUUGCCAGGAAGGGGCACCUUCAGGUUUAGAGUGGCGUGUGUGAACAAGGCAGGACAAGGACCCUACAGUAACCUCUCAGAGUUAGUGUGCCUGGACGCCUCAGCACCAACAAAAUCCAGCGGAUCAGUCGUUGUGAAGACAGUACAUGCAGCACCGGUUGUCAAAACAUCAGCAAUUACCGUCCCCUCCAUGAAGCCUGUGCCUAGUAAAGUGCCGACCCCAGCACCAUCUUUCUCCCCAUCCACACAGACCCCAUCCCCCUCUUCUGCUGCUCCUGCUCCUGCUCCUGCUGCCAUUGUUACUAAUGUGGCCCCAACCCAUCGGGCCAUCCCUGAGAUCCAAAUCCCGUCUCCAGUUCAGUCUGCUCCUGCCCCGGCCAAAGCCAAGACCACCAUCAAUAUCAACGUCACGAAAACGGCACAGUCUCAACUGGGAACCGUAACCAAGCUCGCUCCUCCUAUCGUUCUCCCCAAACCCCAGAGUCCCAUCAAUAUCGUCUCGCCCAUGACAAAGACCCCGCCCCCACCUGUGGCCCCUCCCACAGCCAUUGGCAAACCAAUUUCGUCUGUGCCCAUGUAUGCGCCAAUACCGGCUACCACGGCACGCGUCAUCCCACCAUCCCCCAUCUCACCCCCGGUGGUGCUGGUUUCCAGCAUGAGUCCUGUAGGGGAUGGUGGGGUUACACCCACGCGUAUGACCCCGUCUGGGCGGAUGACCCCCUCCGGCACCCUGUCAGGGCGCAAGACACCCUUGGGGGGACGCCCUGGUGAGAGUUCCCUGCGCCAGGGAGUGCCCCAGAAACCGUACACCUUCAUGGAUGAGAAGGCCAGGGGCCGCUUUGGCGUGAUCCGAGAAUGUAGAGAGAACGCCACGGGCAACCUGUUCAUGGCUAAGAUUGUGCCCUACGAGGCUGACAAUAAACAGACAGUGCUGCAGGAGUACGACAUCCUCAAGUCCCUCCACCACGACAAGAUCAUGGCUCUGCACGAGGCUUACGUCACGCCCCGCUACCUAGUGCUCAUCUCGGAGUGCUGCAGUGGAAAAGAGCUCCUCUACAGCCUCAUCGACAGAUUCCGCUACUCAGAGGAUGACGUGGUGGGCUACAUCGUUCAGGUCCUGCAGGGUUUGGAUUACCUGCACAACCGCCGCAUCCUGCACUUAGACAUCAAGCCGGAGAACAUCAUCAUCACCUACAUGAACGUAGUGAAGAUCAUUGACUUUGGCAGCGCCCAGACCUUUAACCCACUCUUCCUCAAGCAGUUCAGCCCACCUGUUGGAACUCUGGAGUAUAUGUCGCCUGAGAUGUUGAAAGGGGAUGUGGUGGGCCCUCCGGCUGACAUUUGGAGUGUAGGCGUGUUGACCUUCAUCAUGCUAAGCGGAAGGUCGCCCUUCAUGGAUUAUGACCCACAGGAGGCUGAAGCCAGAAUCCUGGCAGCCAAGUUUGACUUGGGCAAACUCUACCAGAAUGUGUCUCAAAGUGCCUCUCUGUUUUUAAAGAAGAUCCUGUGUAGCUACCCUUGGGCCCGUCCUUCCAUCAAGGACUGCUACAACAACUCAUGGCUCCAGGAUGCCUACCUGAUGCGGCUGCGGCGGCAGACCCUCACCUUCACCACCACGCGCCUCAAGGAAUACCUGGACGAACAGCAGAGCCUGCGGGUGGGGGUGGCCACCAAGCACAAGGUCCUUCUCCGGUCAUACCAGAGCUCGCCCCAGUCACCCACCAGCCCUAUACCCCCUUUGCCCAUGACACCGGUCACACAGUGAGCACGGCUUCAUAUGUCAAAUGCAUGAAGACAGGAGCUGUUGCCUGAGAGGAAGUACGCCAUCUAAAUGAGGCAGGUCUUAGGACCGAGCUCCUUAACUUGGUGAGAUGAGGUGUGACUUUGACCUUUUCAGCCAAAUGGACAUAAAAUCACAAAAUCCAGCACUGGUUCUGAAUAUUGAGGACCUAACCUCUCUGCAUCCACCAGAAUGUCCCUAUACUAAGCCUACAGGAAGCCACACAUUUUUUGUCUUGCAAUGAGACAAUCCCACUAUGGUUCUUUGUGUAUUUCAUGGGGUGAUACAUGUUUCUCAAGGACUGGAUGCCAGCUCAAAGUUCCAAACCUCUGCUCUCUUUUUUUAUGUUAACAAUCUCACAAAGUUUUAAUCUGAUCCUCUUGUAUCCAUGUACAUCAACCAGAUAUCUUCUCGAAACAUCUAGUGCAUGUGUGAUUUUUACUUUCCCUAGGAUAAUGACAUUUGUGGAGAUUAUGUCUCUUCUAAGCAAUUUUUUAUGAACAAAGCGACACUACUGAUAACAUCUCUUACCCAUGAUUUUGGGUGCUACGGUAUGAACACCAUAGUGCUCAGUGUCAUUUUCUAUAUCUGAUCAUCAGAAUGUUCUUGAAAACAUGAGACGGAAUAAAUGCAUUGAGAAAUAAUUGUUAGCUAAAUGGUCGAGGCAAGAUCAGCAAGAGCUACCAGAACAGUGAACAACCAAUCAAUGCAACCCAAAUCAAGGAAUAGGACAUCAUCUGCCUGGCAAUAUUCUUAUAAAGGCAUUCUGAUUUGGCCCGUUGAGUCUUUGUCAUUAUAUAUUACUAUGUCAAUGGCUACAUUUUCCUAUAGUUCCCAUAAUUCAUGGACAUUGCAGAGGAUUUGUGUAUACCAAGUAUGUGUAUACAAAGGCUGCCUUGAACUCCAGUACCUUAGAUUCACAUUAGCUGAGGGUGUCUUGAGUCACAGGGUAUAAUGUGGAAGGGUCAUGCUGUAGCUUACAAGAGCCCUUAUGAGAGUUCAGAUUGAACAUUUUGACAAAUUACAUUUGUAAAAUGUGAAUGGGUAGAGGGAGUGAUGAGUGGCUUAAUCUACAGUUAAACAGGACCUCUUUAACUGUAAUAAUGUAAAUUAGUACACAGAUAAUACAAGUUCCCACUUUUAAAUUAGGAUGAUGCUUGGAGAAAGAAUGUAUCUUUGUUUUGGGGUUAUUGCCAUAUUUGAAAAAUAAUUGUGUGUAGGUGCAUGUCAGUCACAUCCACGCAGAUGAAGAAAGUGUGAACGUUUCAUAAACAUUUGAGAAUUUAGUUAUUUGAUUCUGUUUUGAUAUCUUCAUCAUCCAACAUCGAAACACUAUAACAAAAGAGAUUUAAUAGUAUAGAUAUGAUAUAUAUUUAUUGUGGUAUAGUCAUGAAGUGAUGCGGCAAAUGAUUGUCAUGAAGUUGAUUUUUACUUUACAUUGUAUUUCAGUUUUUAAAUCAGCAGUUUGUUAACAAUUAAGUAUUUCAGCAGGAUUCUUGUAGUUGAAUACCAUUGUCAAGUAUGAUAUUAGUUUCAUGCCUGCCCUGUGUGUCAUAUCAUGCAGUUUUGUAUACAAUUAUGAUAUGCCCAAUUUCUUGGAUGACAGGAGUACUUGGGGUAAAUCUACAAAAUGGAUUAAGAAUAUAUUUCAAUGGAUUGUGAAGACCGUAUUAACAUUUAAAAAGAGAGAUAGUGAAUAUUGAUGUAUUAAGACAAAGAAGGAAUGUGCAAGACACCUCCAGUACGUUAAGAAGUAAAGUAAUUGCAAAUUAUUUUGGAAUCGAACUGUUUGCAAGGUUGGUAAUGAUAAAGUUAAUAGUUUUGUACCAAAGUAAGAUACCUUGAAUUAUUGCAGUGUCCCAUGUAAUGCACAUUGAAACACAAGUGUUUGCUUUGUAUGUUGAGAAUCAAUAUUAGCUUUAAUUAAAUAUUUUAUUCGGGGAGG